AUGGUUCUUAAGAAUAUCCUAUUUUCUGCAUUUUUUCUGCUUCUUUUGUCACCUUGGGCCGCUGCUGUUUUGGCUAGUGAUGCUGAGUAUAAUAACGAUGAGAAGCCAAAUCUUGAAAAAGAAAGGCUUCUCUCCACCGUGAUUGGCAUUCAAGGCAUGGUUUAUUGCAGAUCAGGAAAGAAACUCGCCCCGCUCGGAGGUGCUGUGACGAGGAUAACCUGCGAAGGCGUCGAUGAGUACGGGUAUGAAACCGAGUCAUUUUCGAUCCUGAGUUCUGCAACAGAUGAAAAGGGCUAUUUCUUUGCAACAAUAUCUCCUUACGAACUCGAAGAUCAUAACCGAAGGCUUAGAAAUUGCAGGGUUUUCCUUGAACUCUCUCCCUCGGAGGCUUGCGGUGUUCCGACCGAUGUCAACAAAGGCAUUUCUGGUGCUCCUAUUGGUACCUUCAGUCGCCUGCAUGAUAAGAACAUCAAGCUGUUUACUGUUGGGCCUUUCUUCUUCGUUCCACGGCAAGAGGCUAAAUCAAUCCCCGAUGGAUAUUGA